AUGCGGACCAAGUCGGCACCCUCGCGGCCCUGUCGGUCUGCCCCACCCGCUGAAGAGCAAGAGGUGGCUCAUCCAGUGCCUGGGAGGAGCGCCGGCCCUCCAGCGUGCCCCCUGCCUGGGGGGCCAUGUCACAGGACAGCGGGGGCUCGGCCCAAAGUGAAGCCGGAUGGCGGCACCAGCAGCCGUAGGGGUGGCCGUGGGAAGUCCCGACCGAGCCACGCCUCGGAGAGACUCAACCUUCCCUCGUCCAAAGUGGGGCCAGCCACGGCGGGCCCACGGCGGGCAGACCCCGAGCCUUCCAAGGGGCUGGGCCAUUCCUUGCGGCAGAAGCUGCAGGCCGCCGUGGGGCAGUGCUUCCCUAUCAAGAGCCUCCCGCGCUCGCCGGACCUCUCUUCCCAGCGCAAAAUCCACCUCCGGGAGCUGAUGCUGGACACCUGCCCCUUCCCGCCGGGCUCGGAGCUGGCCCAUACCUGGGAGCUGAUCAAGCAGCACACGGUGCCCGUCUCCGAGCACGAGGGCCUGGCUGCCCUGCCCCCCGAGGACGAAGACGACCGCCUGAGGGAACGCCGCCGCAUCAGCAUCGAGCAGGGCGUGGAGCCCCCGCCAGACGCCUUGAUCCACACCUUCGAGGUGACGGCGCAGAUCAACCCUCUGUACAAACUGGGGCCGAAGCUCGCCCACGGCAUGAGCGAGCUAACCGGGCCAGGCCGGGCCGCGCUGACCGCCACUGAUGAGCAGGAAGAGGAGGAGGAAGAGGAGGAGGAGGAGGAAGAGCUGGAGUCGGCCUUGGCCGGGCUGCCGGAGGUCCGGGACGGCCUGCGGGCGCACACCCAGAUCGACUACAUCCACUGCCUGGUGCCCGAUCUGCUGCAGCUGACGCAGCUCCCCUGCUACUGGGGCGUGAUGGACCGCUACGAAGCCGAGUCCCUGCUGGAGGGCAAGCCGGAGGGCACCUUCCUCCUACGGGACUCGGCCCAGGAAGACUACCUCUUCUCCGUGAGUUUCCGGCGCUACGGCCGCUCCCUCCACGCCCGCAUCGAGCAGUGGAACCACAACUUCAGCUUCGACGUCCACGACCCCAGCGUCUUCCACGCACCCACCGUCAGCGGCCUCUUGGAGCACUACAAGGACCCAAGCGUCUGCAUGUUCUUCGAGCCGCUGCUCUCCAUCCCCGUCCACCGCACCUUCCCCUUCGGCCUGCAGCACCUCUGCCGGGCCGUGCUGAGCUGUUGCACCACCUACGACGGCAUCGGGCACCUGCCGCUGCCCCGGGCGCUGAAGGAGUACCUGAAAGAGUACCACUACAAGCAGAGGGUGAGGGUGCGGCGCCUGGAUACCUGGGGCACCUGAAGCCGACCCCCAACCGCUGAUCGGCCUCCCGGGUCUACCUGCCUUUCCUUGGAGGACAAUUGUUACUUCUGAACCCACCUUCUCCCGCCUGGCAUUCUCCAGAAUGGGUGGCUGCCCGUUUCCGGUACUCCGAGCAGCAUGCUGGCUGGAAACGCUGAGCACGGAGCCUGGCACACCCGGGAAGGAUUUGGGCGGAGAGAGCGGGCCCAUCUCCCUCCACGCCUUUUCGGGCUUGUGAGCACAAGGGUGUUUGUGGGUGCCUUUUUCCCAGUCUGGGUGCAAAAUCUAGGGUGGUAGAGACUUUGGGCUGCGGAGGAGGAGGGGGCCCCCGAUCUUUGCAUGGCAGAGCAAAAAAAUGAGGACUUCCGGUUAACCGGAAUUCGUAGCAUCAAAGGCCUGAGCCCCCCGCUAGAUGGGAGGUUCUGCCCCGGGGGGGGGAGGGGGGGGCUCUUGCCAAGGGGCUCUACAGCCUGCCCCCCGCUUCCUUCCCGAGAAAAAGCACAACAUUUGGGGAGGGGGGCUCAGGGCUGUUUCCAAGCCAGGCACAAACGUCGGGAAGGAAGACAAGUUGGAGCUCCUCCUCGGGCACAAUCCCGCCUUUCUUCCAUUCCUCCAAGUUGGACAGGUAGUCCUCGACUUACAGCGACCGAUUGAAGCGCCGAAAAAAAGUGACGACCGUUGCUUAACACAGUCGCCGCAGCACAAAACGCACACACCGCAGUCGCGCGAUCAAAAUUUGGAUGCUUGGCAACCGGGUCGCAUUUAUGACGGUUGCCGUGUCAUGCGAUCCCCUUUUGCGACCGUCUUGAGAAGGGUCAAAGGGGAAGCCAGAUCCACACUUCACAGCCCUGUUACUAACAGCAGCAGUGAUUCACUUAACAACCGCGGGCGGAAAGCUCGUAAAAUGAGGCGCAAUUCACCUGCCCUGCUUGGCAGCAGAAAGGUUGUGGUCAUAAGUGAAGGACUACCUGUAGUUGCUGCUCUGGGGAGACCUCGAGAACACCCCGAAUCCUGGGGGGGGGCGCAGGGCAAACCGCCUCCCUCCGAGGGACAAGAUACGAGGAGCCGCAGAUCCCGAAACGCCGGGAGGCCCUCUGGGCUCAACCUGUUGCUCUCUAUUGUUGUGUCAACAUUAAAGCCGCCUUGCUCCACUGUG